AACAGGAGAAAUUGGAAAAAAUGAGGCAGCAGGCAGGGAGAGGAUGUGGGAAUCCCUGAACCCGGUGCUUUGGGGGCCAGGGCUGCCCCUGAGGAUGCUUCCCAGAGUUCAGCCACGUGCCGGGGCGUUAUCCCGGCGUCCUGGCCAGCCUAUUUUCCAGGCGAGGAAAUAUUUAACCGCGGCGUCAGCAGGCAGGGCAGGCAGCUGCAGCAAUGGAGAGAAGCGGGCAGCACCCGUUCGCUGCUGUCCCCCCGGGCCAGCCUCAGGGUGACCAUCUCCAGCUCCUGCUGCGCCGCAGCCGGGAGGCCAAAACCUGCGCCUAUUGCCCCUACAGCCAGUUCCCAGUGGGAGCUGCACUGCUCACCGCCGGAGGGGAGAUCUUCUCAGGGUGCAAUGUGGAGAAUGCCUGCUACAGCCUGGGGAUGUGUGCCGAGCGUGGUGCCAUCCAAAAAGCCAUCUCUGAGGGGCACACCAGCUUCAAGGCCAUGGCCAUCGCCAGUGACAUGGGGGACCACUUCAUCACACCCUGUGGCGCCUGCAGACAAGUGAUGAGAGAGUUUGGCACAGACUGGGAUGUCUACCUGACCAAAGGAGAUGGCACCUACAUUGUCAAGAAGCUGGAGGAGCUGCUGCCACUCUCUUUUGGCCCUGAGGACCUGAAGAAGGUCUGAGCAGCGUGACCGCCACCAGCCUUUGCCCUUAGGCACAGGGGACAAUGAUUUUCCCUGAUUUUCUCAGCCUGUAAGCAACUUUUUGGAACAACACAGUGGGAAAUUUGUUUAUACUGUUGAGUUGCCUGUUCCUCUGUCUCAUCCUCUAAUUCAGUGUUGAUUUGCAGACUCCAGCUCCACCUUGCCCCGAGGAAAUUGCAAAAUCAAAUCACAGAAAUUCCCUGUUAUUAGUGAAAAAAGCGUCUAGACAUCCCUGUAGGCAAGGGAAGACAUGGGUUUGGUGCAGAACUGAAACAGGCUUUGCAGAACUGAAACAGGCUUUGGUACAGAAAUCACUCCUGAAUAAUGCAAAAUCAUUGCUUGGGAAAGUGCUGGAUCCUUCAGCUCUAAAAAGAAGUGAAAGCAAGAGGGAAAAGGUCCAUCAGCCCCAGAAGUAAUUAGUGACCCAAUCCAGAUUAAGUGGAUUGCAGGAUGGUUAUUGCACUGACCGUGUCCUUUGCUCCUUUCUUCCCAGCUUGUUUUCCUUACUUUUAUUCUGUGGGGUGAAGAAGAGGUCAAGGAGUUUUUGGGGUGUUCUGGAGGGUUUUGUGCCUCCAGGGUAAUGCCAUUUGUUGAUUGUAUACUGAUUUAUAAUACAAUGAUAAACGAAUUAAUUACAUUUCCCAA